CCUGCUGUUGUAGAGCCUCGUAAAUUCCCCUUGAAACACGGCCGCAAGUUUGAAAUUCAAAUUCACUCACCAGCACCUGCAAACCCAGGCAUUCAUUACUCCCACCGCCCAGCAGCCAGCACCAAUGAAAUAUGGGUCCAGGUAUUGUCCACGCCUCCACGGUGCACAUGUUUCAUCGGGUUUGACAGACUGCAGCAUAUAUGGAAAGUUGGAAACAAAAAGCGUCUCAAUUCUGCUCGGUGCACUCGAAGCUACUGCUAUUGCCAAUUCCGUCUCUAUUAUUAUCUGAUAAUACUCGUCUCUCUGCUCACAAGUCACAAGGAGGGGAGCGAGGCGGCGGCCAACACCUAGCAGCUCCGAACCCUAGCUCCGGCCACUGGCGGCGAUGGCUGCUGCUACGGCGUUCCGGUCGGGGACGAGGCGGGGCGACGCUCUCGCGCCCGUAGAGGACGCGGGCUCCGCCACUCGCGAGCGCCAGGCCGCGGGCCGCGGCGGAGGCAGCGUCCGCCGGUCGAAGAGCCUGAGCCGGUUCCCGCCGCCGUCGCCCUCCACCGAGGACACGGCGACGCCGUCGUCGAGGUUCGUCAACAAGGUGCGGGGCGGGGGAAGCGGCGGCGUCUUCCCGCCGCAGGUCAGCCUCGACGACCUCGCCGACGAGUUCUUCCGGGCCAGGGCCGAGUCCGAGGACGACGACGACGAGGAGACUGCUGCGCGCGGCCGGUCAAGGCUUCCAGCGGCCGCAGAGCGUGGGGGCGGUGGCGCUGGCGGUCGGCGGAGCUCCACCGCGCGGUACGCUAGGCAGACGGAGUCUUCGCGGCAGCGCGGGCGCUCCGUGUCGCGGCCGCCAGCCGAGCGGCGAGGCGUAGCGGCCAAUGCGGUGGAUGGCGGCCCUGCAGCCAGGAGGCAGCGUUAUGCGUCGGUCGACCGGCGCGCUGCCAUGGAUCGACAACGGUGGUGCGAUUCGGAUAAUGAUAUGGAAGUUCCUCACCAGUAUGUUUCUAGGGGGAUGCAUACCAAAAGUAGCAGUGGCAAUAGCCUGCAGAGUUCAUUCCAUAAGCCAUCUAAAGCAAAUCAAGCUUUGAAGAGGUCUACAAGUCAAAAGGAUUUCUUUCAUUCUAGAGACAGCAGCUCCAGCCAUUCUUCAAUUACUGAUGAUGAGUCUAGGAGUUCACUCUCUUUCCAUAGCAGAAAUCAGAAGGCUGUCUGUGCAGUUUAUGGUCUUGACAAGGAGCACGGAAUUGAUGAUGGGGCUGGAAAUGUAUUGUACGAUGUAAUGCGAAAAGAAGUUAGGCAAGCUGUUGAGGAAAUAAGGAAUCAGCUUGAAGAGGCCAUGACAAAAUCUGAACCUUCAGAAAAGGCAAUAAACAGUGAUGCACAACCAACCCAAGUUAUUACUCAGCUCCGAAGGAGCUACACUAGUAAAUUGGAAGAGUCAGAGAAGCGGAAGCAGGAACUGUUAGCUCAAUUGGCAGCAGAAGAACACCAUGGUCAUGAGCUCACAAAAAUAGUUAGAGAAUUGCUACCUACUCCUAAAAAGACUGCAAACUUACAAAGACAGCCACACUACAGAAGAAGGAGCAAUGAUAGAUCAAGGAUGUCAAAACGACUUACUGAAGAGGCUGAACAAUACUUUGAAGAUUUCCUGUCGAAUGUUGAAGACACUGACUUUUCUUCUUUUGAUGGAGAGAAAAGUGACUCAAGUUCAACCAGGAAAGACCUGUUGUUACUUCAUGCUAUGACAGAAACUCCAGUUAAGCUCCCAGAAGUUGCUUUACCUGCAGAGGCAGAUGGCGUUGUCCUUCCCUGGCUGCAAUGGGAAACUACCAAUGACUUUCAGACCUCCCCGUGCAAAACCAAGGCCCAGGGAGAAAGUACCAGAGGCAGCACUAGCAAUCAGACUGCGAGCAGCCGUGGGAGUUGGAGCCCUGGAGACCAUGCCACUUCAUCAGUUGCCUCUAAAAAUAGUUUACUGACCAGAUUUGGUGAGGUUGGGAUUUGCCGAAGCAGCUUGUCUGACUAUGCUCGAACCUUGUCGUUUCACAUCGACGACUAUUUGCAUUUAAGGCAGAGUGAGGAUCUCCUCUUGGAGACGUGGAUGCAGAAACAAAGGAUCGACUCUGGCGGCCUAGUCCUGUGCAGUAAAUCGACGAUAUUGUAGAGUGCAGCCAAAUAGGUAGUUGAUGGGGUUGAGUUAGACUAAUAAUUGCUUGGAUUUUUACCUUUAGCUGCCAUGGCUCCUGCCGCCUAGUGUGUAUAGAUGCAUGCAUUAUAGUUAACAGAUUGGAUAAGCUUUUUUUAACGCUUCAUCGUGAUUAAGAAAAUUUAUUUUUUACACCAUCA